AUGUAUUCUGUACCACCUCGAAAACCUCGUGCACUUAUGCGUGAACGUGUUGAACAAGAAAGUGUCAAUGCUCAAUGUCAAAAAUGUUUAGAAAAAGGUCAUUGGACAUAUGAAUGUACACGUAAAAGAAAAUAUGUUGAAAGACCAUCACGUACACAGUUACUUGAAAAACGUAUAAAACAAUUAAAAAAAAAUCAAGAAGGUGAAGACAAAAAUAUUAAUGAAACGAAAAAAAAACAAAUGAUGGAUCAAUUACAAACAAUUAAAUUUGAUAAAAAUAAAAGUACUAAUGAUAAUGAUGAUGAUGGAAAUUCAUCUGAUUCAAGUUCAUCAUCAUCAUCAUCAUCAUCAUCAUCAUCUAGCGAAUCUUCAACAAGCAGCAAUAGUAGUAGCAGCAGCAGCAGCAGCAGUAGUAGUAGUAAUUCUAGUGAUGAUAAAAGUGCACCAUCAUCAGAUACUGAUCAUGAAUCACCAAAAAAGAAAAUAAAAAAUUAA